AUGUCCAAAGACACAAUUGUAGUGAUCGGUGCGGGCGUCAUUGGCCUUUCCACCGCACUUUACAUCCAACAACACCUCACUCCUACGCAAUCCAUCCUCUUGGUAGCCCGCGACUUUCCCUCGGAAACUUCCGUCAACUACGCCUCGCCAUGGGCAGGAGCCCACUACCGUCCGGUGCCAGGUUCCUCGCCACAGGCCCUCAAGGAAGCGGACCAAGCACGCCGCACGUAUGAGUUCCUGAAGCGGAUGGCGGCUGCUGAGCCUGGUGCAGGAAUCAAGUUCGUCGAGGGUGUUGAGCACCUCGAGGCUCCGCCACCCGAGUACCUGGAUCAGCAGAGUGUGCGCAAUGUCUAUGGGCAUUUGGAUGAAUUCCAGACUCUGGGGAAAGAGGAUGUUCCGGCUGGUGUAGUGUGGGGUGUGAAAUACGGGACGUAUGUGAUUAACUCGCCUGUGUACUGUGCGCAUUUGCUGCGCAAGUUCGUUCUUAAGGGGGGCGAGACGAGACAGUAUACGCUUGCCAACUUGAAGGAGGCGUUUAGUAUGGGGAAUGUGAAGACCGUGGUGAACUGCUCGGGAAGUGGGUUUGAGGACCCGAAGUCAUUUAUUAUCAGAGGUCAAACUUGUCUCGUCCGUAACCCCGUCUCGAAGACCAUUACUCGACAGAAUACCGAUGGUUCGUGGUCCUUCUGCAUCCCGCGUCCCCUCGAAGGCGGAACCAUCAUCGGAGGCACUAAGGAGCCCAAUAACUGGGACCCGAACCCUUCGCCGGAAACUAGACAGCGGCUCCUCGCCAACGCAACCAAGUGGUUCCCUUUCACGCCCGAGAGCGGCGGCAAGUUCGAUGUGAUUCGCGAUAUUGUCGGUCGGCGGCCGGCUCGAGAGGGCGGUCUGCGCAUCGAGGCGGAGCAGCUCGCUGAUGAACGGUAUAUCGUUCAUGGGUAUGGUGCUGGUGGUCGUGGGUUUGAGCUGUCUCGUGGUGUUGCGGAAGACAUUGUCGCCGUGAUGCUGGAGAAGAGUCUGCUGCAGGCUAAGGCCUCGCUGUAA